AUGUCCCAAGCCCCUGACUCCCCCUAUCACUGUCCAGCUGUUAGCAGAGCUUUGAGUUUCCCAAGCCCCCCAGUGCCCUGGCUCGGUACACCCUCCCACCCAGCGUUGCACUCCCCCAGGCCUGACUGCCUGCCUGCUCCUUUUGGCAGUCCAACAGCCAGGGGAGGAUCAGGACGACCGGGCGGCCGAGAUAAGGAGCAUAUGAAGUUCCCCACAUUACCUCACCCGAUAAGGAAACAAGCAGAGAGAGAGACGGGAAGAGAGGGAGAGGAUCUGCUGCAGAUACAGUCUACGUGUGGGUCCAGGCUUCACUCUGGUCCCAUCUGUGGGUCCGCGGUCCAGUCCAGGACGCUGAGGAGUCAACACUCCCCAGAAAAUGCAGCACGAGAGCGGAGCCGCGUACGCAACCUGCGACAGGCCUUCCACAGUCUGCAGGCUGCUCUGCCCUCAGUCCCACCUGACACCAAGUUAUCCAAGCUGGAUGUUCUGGUUCUGGCUACUAACUACAUAGCCUAUUUAACAGAGACCCUGGACCAGGGAGAGUUAGUGGCUGAGCACGCCCUGUCGUCCAGGUCAGGAGGAUACCUGCAUCCUGUUAAGAAGUGGCCCAUGCGUUCCUUGCUGUACUGUGGCAGCAUGGGAGAGCUGCUGUCAGGAGGUAUCUCAGCCAAUCAGACGCCCCCACCUGGACGGAACGGGACACACCCUCUGACAGCCGCCGCGGAGGCAGACAAAGAGUGAUGAUCAGAACACGUGACAUAACUUUCCCCCUGUUUCUUAUCUUUUGUGUUAACUGACCUUCUAGCUUCUCU